AUGGAGGAGUUUAUCUUUCAGAUGCCUCGUAAAUGGCAGAAACAAGGCCGUGUUAGAGGUAUUGCUCUUUCUCAGGAAAGAUUUCAGUUUAUCUUCGAUAAUGAACAUGAUCUGGUGGAAGUUUUAGAAAAAGGUGUGCAUACUUUUCAUGAAUGGGCUAUUGUUGUUGAGAGAUGGUCGGAAGUUCCUCCUCCUGAUUCACUGCAGUAUAUUCCAAUAUGGGUUCAAAUCAGGAAUAUCCCGAUCAACUAUCAAACUCAAUUGGCAAUUGAAGCGCUUGGAGAUAUAGUAGGAAAGGUUAUUGAUGUGGCUUUUGAUCCUUUGAAGGCGCGAAGCAAUGUUUAUGAAAGAGUUAAGGUUCGGUUCGACGUCUCAAGACCUCUGCGCAAAGAAAAAGUGAUAGACUUACCGAACGGUGGAAAAACUAAAGUCUUUUUCAACUAUGAAAGGAUUCAGAAGAGAUGUUACACUUGUCAGAGGUUGUCUCACGAACAGUCUGUUUGUCCGAUCACUAUUCAGAGGAGUCAAGUUGAAGCAGAUUCAAGAAGAGCUGGCCAGAGUAUUAUGAAGAAAAAGUCGAACGUAAUUCUUUUGGAAUCUGAUCCGCUGUUUGGUGUUUUGGAGGAAAAUCAGGUUGGUAUUAAUCCUAAUACUAGUAAACCAAGAAUUGCUCCAGAAGUUUUGGAAGAAAUGAGGCAAUAUCUGUUAGUGGCACCAGGUGAAGAAAGAAUUAUCAGAGAGGAGAGAGUCAAAGCUUCGGUCAGAGAAGUUGAAAAUGAUCCGAUCCUAAGGAAAUCUGCCUUGAGUUUAGAUCUUGUACCGGCUGUGACAAGAGACUUACAGAGAGGCAAAGGAUUAGUCUUUGAUUACCCAGUUGAAAAUUCUAUGUCUCCUCUGUUUGAACCAAGACCGCAAGGUGAAAAACUUUUAGCUGCUUCUAUGAGAGCUAACCCUGCAUUUGAAGGGAGGCCGGAGAUUAUAUCAACAAGAGUUCAGCAGGUUGGUUUCUCUCAAUCAUCAGCUUCAUCGUCUUCUUUGAGUGGUUCUACGGGGUCUAGAUUGAAAUCUUUUGAUCUUAAUCUUUCCGGGACCUCCUCAAAGAAGACCAGCAUCAGGAAAAGGCCGGGAAAAAAUAUGAGGAAGAUGAAUGCUAAUGCUUGCCAAGAGGAAAAUAUCCAAAUUUCUCUAAAAGAUGGAAUGAUAAUUGGAAGUGUGGAGAAAAGGAAAGCGGUUGAUCAGAUGGGUGGAGUUCCCAAAGCUGCAAAGCAAAUAACUCAAAAGGCGGUCCCGAAGGAGGGACUGUCCAAAGAUCAAUGA